CGGUUUGGCCGUUGCCUGACAUUCGUGUAUUUUCCGUUCGCGAGAGAAGCAUAGUGUGCACCGCAGGGCUCAAAAAAGCCAAAAUUCAACGCUUUUUCUUCAGGUUAUCCAGCGUCUGAUGUCGUUGGAAUUAUAAAGCCGUAAUCGUGGGGUCGACUAUCGGAAAAUCUAUUUUGGAAAACGAGAACGAUUAUGUUGAUUCCUCUGAUGAAUCAGAGCCAUCGGAGGUGAAGAGUGGACAAGUGUGCGAGACUGAAAGAGCAGGCACAUCGACUGAAAAUACCUCUUGCGAAUUUACCGAAUUGAAGCAAAUUUCUACAAGUACCAUGGAAGACUUAGAUGCACCACAGUGGGCAGAUUUUAUUGCACCUAGUCCUCAAAUUCCAUUGGAUGAUUAUUUUCUCCAUAGGCACCUGAAACACGAGUACAGAGAGAAACUUGACUCGUUGGAUACGGAAUCACCCAACAUAGCGAUAAAAAAACUAAAUCAGAGCAAAAUACCAUUGAGUGAUACUUCUUCCUCAAGUGAGAAUAUUUUGCAAAAAACACCAGUCAGGAAAAUGGUUUCCAAGGGACCCAAAAGUUCCAGUGCUAGGAAAAAUGUUAAGGAAACUACAACGUAUGAAAAUGUAUUGACUGAAGCAAUGAACAAUUUGCAGUUGUCCUUCAAAAAGAUGCCAAAUGAAAAGUCGUUCAACAAGUCAUGCUUGAUUGACUCCCCUGCUUUUAAAACUCCAUCCAAAAGAGUUACUAGAUCGAUGUGUGCACAGUCUGUUAAUACACCUAGGUGUAAUUUGGAAGAAUCGUAUUAUGCUUCACCUGAAAAUGAAAAGCUCGCUUCACCUGAAAAUGGAUCGGAUUUGGAAAGCCAUGAAGAAAACAAAGAAAAUGUGGAACAUGCAGAAAGUAGAGAAAGUACAGAAGAUAGUCCUUUGUAUGAAACAUCUCAAAUAAAUCUUGAAGUUACUGCUACCAGCACAGAGCAUGAAAUUUCUCACGAAAAAUCAGAGCCCGAAUCGGAACCACAACCACUAGCAAAUGACAGUAAAAUAGCAAAUAAAGGGAAAGAUAAAGAAUCGUCAAGUAGUCAGCAAAACAGCAGCAAGCAGCUUCCAAAGAGUAGAGUGGUUACAGCAUUUAGUUCACAGCCAACUGGUCCUGGAAGUGGUUCUAAGAAAAAAGUAGCUACUCUCACUGGUAAUGCAUGGCACCGGCAAGUAAAGCGUCGCAUGAGCAUAACGAAUCAGCGGCGUAUGAGCGUUUCAAAAGCUCCAAGUGCUGCAACCAAAUAUGUAAGCAUGGCAGAAGCCGUAACGAAAUUCCAACGCGCUACGCCCCAAAGAUUCCGUUCAACAAACGUAAAAUCUACGAGGACGGAACAAUUACGCAGGAUGUCACUUAAAUUAACAAGGGCACAUUCUCCUACCCUUAUGAGUAAAAAUAGAAACAGGCCUGUAACGGCUUUGAGCAGAGAAGAACAGGAAAAGUUAGAAGUGGAAAAAAUGCGUCAGAAUCAAAUAAAAGCUAAUCCAGUGCGUAAAGAUAUUCUUCAAAGGCCUGCGCCGUUGAAGAAGGUUGAGAAAAAAAUGGUGACAAAUCCAGAGCCUUUCCAUUUGACAAAAACUAAGAAAGAACAAUUUCCACCACCAAAGCAAGGCCAGGAAAUCAAACGAGUAAAUUCGUUUAAUAAAAAGACUGUACCAUCAAUUGUGAAUGAUGAUAAGGGAUUCAUUGUAAAGGAUGAAGAAGUUAUGGGUUUUGGAAUUCCAUUAGAGCCAUGCAAAACAAAAAAGAAGAAUACCAAAGUUCAGCCAUUUAGCUUUGAAGCUCGGAAUAAGGAGCUAGAGAUGAAGAAACAAGAGAGACUUAAGAAGAUGCAAGAAUCAGAACAUCAAAAAAAUAAAGCUGAAUUCCAUGCUCGACCAGUUCCAUCCGCUGUAAAAACACCAGCCAAUAAGCAAGCCUCAAAGAAUGACUCUGUAAAAAAAACUAAAAUAACAAUCACAAGAUCAGUAAGCUUUGAAAGCAAAAUUAAACUAUUGCAACAGAAGAAAGAAGAAAAAAUUAAACAGAUGUUAGAGGAAGAAAAAAAGGCGAGGACUUUUAAAGCACAAAAAGUUCCUGAGUUCAAACCUGUUCUGGUGAGAGGAAGAUCAAGGGACAAUUUAUUGAAAAGAUCAAACGAAAACCUGGCUUCAAAGUCGCACAACACAAGUGACAGUAACAAAAAACCAAACAAUUCGUUAAAAAAUUCUCGUGAAAACUUGGUACCAAAGCCGAAAAAUUUCAUUAAAAAGCCAAUGCCGAUUCCAUUUGUAGCGCCCAAGAAAACGACUCCACCGACGACGACGACUGUUGAAAAUCAAGAAAAUCGGAGUCAAGGUGCGGUGCCAAAAAUCAUGGCGCCAAAAUGUAAACUCUCACAGAAAAGCGUUGCAGUCCUUUCAGAGCUUAAUACGGACAUACGGGCCAAGCAAAGAAAAGAGUUUGAUGAUCAACUGAAGAAAAAAGAAAUGGAAGAGGAAGAAAUGAGGAGACGAGAGGAGGAUGACAGAAUAUCCAAAGAGAAGGCACAAAAUUUAGAACUGAGAAAAAUGGCUGAAGUCAAGGCAAGACCAAUGCCUGUUUACAAACCUUUGCAGAUUUUAAAAUCAAAAAAGCCGGUGACCGAUCCACAAAGCCCCGCAUGGGCAAGGAAGAAGUCGACGCAGUGACUAUAUCGAUGAUAAGAGACUGUUUCUUUUAGUUUUUACUAAUUUGAACAAAAAUUGUAUGUUACAUAAUGUAUCUUUAGAGUUGAUUAAUGUUGUUUGCGGGAAAUGUUAUUUUUAAAACCAUUCAUGUUUUUUUUUCUUUGUCUGACGACCCUUGGAGUAUAAAUACGGUAAAAAAGUACCGCUUAUAUCUUUGACUACUAACCUAUAGAAAUAUAUUAUUGAAGUGUAUGGAAUUUUGACAUUAUUAAAGCAAACUACUGUAAUUUUUUAGUAAAUAUGAAUUGUUUAAUAAAGAGCUUUUAUAACACGA